GCAACGCCUGCUGCUGCACACAAACUUCAAUUGCUGCGUAGUGCUGCGUAGACUGCAACGGCUGUAUAGUGCUUAUCAACCGCCAUCGCCAACAUAUUGCAGCGUUUGAAUACUACUUAAAAAUCUCCGUCGAACCUGUGCGACGUUAACGAUCGCUUACAUACUUGCGUUACUCUGCCUUAUACUACUGUACUGUCAAUUAUGUCUACCGCCGAAGAAUGCUGCGAACUGAAAGGCGGACAUCCCCCGGCAGUCAAAGCUGGUGGCAUGAGGAUAACCCAGCAUAAAACUCCCAGGGAGGACCGAGAGGCUAAGCCGAGCAAGGAAUCUGAGGAGGCCAAACCAUCUACUAGCCCACCGAAAACAAUGAUGAUUAGCGGAGCUCCUGCUAGAGGAAAUGCAGAUUUUCCACCUGAAGCAGUGCAAAAUUUCCACGGGAAGCCAGCGCCGACUCAUGAUGCUCGUGCAGCUCACUCUCGUCCUAACAUAAUUCAACAGCCAAGGAAGUAAAAGUAAUACUGAAAAUAGCAUCUUCAUACUGACAAAUGACAUAGCUGGACUAACGGAAAGUAAAAAAAAACGAGAGGGAGAAAAAUUUAUGAAAUUAUUAUAGUAUCGCUAUUUUAAAGUUGAUUGAAAAAAUGACAAAAGCAAUUGAAACAUCUUUAUAAUGUUUAAUUCUCAGAAGACUAAAUGAUAGACAUAAAAGAAGUCAUAAAGUCCUUUGAGAAUUACAAUUUUUUGAAAGUCACACAACUCCUUAAUACGUAUGAUGUUUUUUGUCAAAACAACUCAAUAUUCUGUUAUCAUAUUUCAAAUCCGUACUAUUAAAAGGAAACAAUAUAUGAAUAAGGCUUUUGAAAAUACGUUUAUUCAAAGACGACAUCUGCAAUGAUGUGAGGUCUUCUUCCAGACAGGUGAUGAUUUUUGGUGGUUUUUGUGUUCAGUUCAAUACUGAAGACUUUGAGAGUUUAUAAUGGUGUUGGCUAUAAAUUUGACAAGACUUUUAUUUUUUACAAACAGGAUACGAAUGUCUAGCUUACGUGCUUAGAUUAUAUGCAUGUAUGUUGCAACAUAACUUCAGGACAUGCAUGUUCUUUAAUUGCACAUUAUUGUGUUUAUAUCAGGUGUAACAUAUACUUGAUUUGCCUCGCAAUAUAUAGACGAUACGUACAAUUCACACAUGUGCUUCAAUAUUGCAAGCAUAGUGAUUACUUCUUUUCUUAUUUUGGGACCAAUAUCGAACAGAAAGUUAUUAUUACGAGUUUAUUCCAGCCUUUCGUUACUUCAUACUAUGCAUUUGAUGCAUUUAUUAUUAUUAUUGGUUUUUAUUUUCAAAUACAUGUAUGUAUUUCUUUCGAUGCUUGUUAUUUCUGGUUAUGGAUUUACUUGGGCUAAUUAUUUGCACGUUCGUUUUUCUCAAAACAGCUGUUUUUAUUUUUAUUAUAAAUACACUGGUAUAUCUAUAUAAAAAUAAUUAAAGAUAAUGUAUGUACAAUACUAUGUUAAUGAUAAACAGAUGAGCAAUACGAAUGUGUAUUGAUUGUGUGAAAAAUGACAAAUAAUACAAAUUAUCUUGUAAUUUAUUUGUAUGAUUCUGUCUUAAAGGAUGAAUAAAUAAUUUUCCAUACA